AUGUUCAAAGAUAAGAAUGAAAAGGUAUAUAGCAAUUCAAGAUCACCGACCUCAUGCAAAAACCCAUGUAAAGGAAAAGCUCCACCGCGACUCCCAACACUUGAAGAUACUGCCUUUUCGCUUACCGAAAACGGCAAUUCACAUUUAUUAAAACGAGAAUACAACGAAGCACUCAAGGCACUCGAUAAAGCUCUCGAACUACUGCCAGACUAUGCGGCAGCUCUCCAAACACGCGCAGAGGUUUACCGCAUGUUGGAUCGCUACGAGGAAGCCCUCGCUGAUUUCAAUCGCGCAUUACAGUUCGAACCCAACAGCGUCUUUGCGCUCACUAAUCGAGGGGAAGUGUACAGAAUGCUACACAAACCACACGAAGCUUUGGAAGACAUGAACAGAGCUCUGCAAAUACGUCCAGAUAAUCCUCGUGCUCUAGAGACUCGGGGCGCAGUAUAUCGGAAACUAGAGCAAUACGAUAAAGCUCUCGAAGAUUUGAGCAAAGUCUUGGAUUCUGAACCGAGCAACUCGUUUGCGCUCGGAAUAAGAGGAUCCGUUUAUCGACUGAUGGGUGAAUACGACGAAGCAAUGACAGAUCUCGACGAAGCUAUAAAAAUAGAUCCGGAGAAUGCGUUUGCACUUGAGAAUCGCGGCAAUGUCCAUCGACUAAACAAUCGAUAUACAGAAGCCCUCGAUGAUUUUGACAAGGCAUUGCAGAUAAAGCCGGAAAAUGCUUUUGUUCUCAGAGCUAGAGGAGAAACUUAUCGCAUGCUGUAUUGUUAUGACAAGGCCAUUGCAGACUUGAAUCAGGCAUUGGAGCUCAGGCCUAACGACGUGGACACUUAUGAGGUGCGUGGUGCAGUAUACCGAAUGCAGGCAAGGUAUGUCGAGGCGUUAGAUGAUAUAAACAAGGCACUGGAUAUUGGUCCUGCCAGUCCGUUUGCCCAUUUGAUUAGAGCCGAAGUGUAUUGGAAGUUGAAAGAACAUGACAAGGCAAUAGUCGAAUUUGCAAAAUCUCUCGAGUUAGAACCUACUAACGUCUGGGCAUUGUGUUAUCGUGGAGAGUUGCAUCACGAGCUGGGAAAAUUAUCCGAGGCGUUGGACGAUCUGAAUAAAGCCAUAUCAGUUCCAACAACUGAGUGGUUUCCGCUGGCAGCAAGAGGGGCGAUAUAUAGAUCAUUGAAGGAAUACGACAAGGCUCUUGGCGACUUGAAUUUGGCACUAGAAAAGAAGACGGAUGAUUUGCAUGAUCUAGAGUAUCAGACUAAAGCACAUUACCAUAGAGGGUGUAUCUAUAAAGAGACAAGUAGAUAUACGGAGGCAUUAGAUGAUUUUAAUAUAGCUUUGGCUCGGGAGUCGGAUAAUGUUAAUGCUUUAUUUGAGAGAGGUUCUGUAUAUUUGGAACUCUAUCAGCAUAAGAAUGCACGUUCCGACUUUGAGAUUUUGUUAAAGUUUGAUUCGAAUCACGCAGACGCAAAAAAACAAUUGAACAUAAUUAAUGACAUUUUAGACGGAGAUUCAUGUAAAAAUGCCGAUCCAAUUGCUCAAUGUAUCGAACAACGGAAUUGUGGGACUGAUCAAAAGUGUCGUGCCGAAUGCGCCGGUGUUCCUGCUCCUAGCGACGCACAGGCCAACGCAACAAAUACUUGCGUUAUCGGUUGUAGUAGUUCUGCAGCGGACCCUGACGCCUACAAAGCUUGCCAACAGAAAUGCAUCGAUGAUAACUAUUUCACCUCUACUAAUCCAACAGCUGCUGCUACCCCCACGGGUACCGUAGGCGGUGGCUCAUCAGCACCUGCGAGUGCAUCCAACUCUGCGGCAAGCUCGACUGCUAGCAGCUCUCCUUCGGCCGCACUUUCAUUGCAUAGAAUGGAAUCAAUUGGAAUUAACCUGUUUUCAAUUCUAAUUUUGGGGAUUUGCUUUGCUGCGGGAGCCUGGAGCUUUUGA